AAGUGGAGGUAGGAUUUUAUCAUGAAAAUAUGAAAUAAAUGGUUCCAUAGGCCAAAUGUCAGCUGUGGGACACUUGCAAGUAAAGUUAUUUUACAGCAAUUAUGUCAUAUAGUAUCUUAAAUGCAGAAUUCUGCCUUAUUUAUUGAUUAUAUUGUACAACCCCUUUUUUGCAUUGUUCAAUCCAUCCAUCCAUCCAUCCAUCCAUCCAUCCAUCCAUCCAUCCAUCCAUCCAUCCAUCCAUCCAUCCAUCCAUCCAUCCAUCCAUCCAUUCAUUCGUUCAUUGUCUGAGCAGCUUUUGCUCUGUAUGGUAGUUUGUAAUUAACCAAUCAGCUCAUGGUAUAGUUUUACACCAUAGAAUCUUAAAAUCACUGUUUAGUGAGAAUUAAAAUAUAGGGAAAAGUGUUGCACUGGUGCAUUUAAAUUGGGUCAUUGAUACAGUUGUUAGUUGAGCUAAUGUAUCAUGAUAAAAAAAAUACCAUUACAGUCAUGAUGUUAAAUUAAUCAUAAUAAACUUGCUGUCCUGACUUUAUUAAUUACUCUUCAGAGCACAAUGUAUGUUCAUUAUAUGCCUACGCUUCUAGUCCUCACAUGUAAAUGUGAAUCUGCACUGACUGAAUUCAUCUCACAGCUGCAGUGUGGUCUGUCUGGCCUCCGCCAUUGUAUUAUUCAACAUGUUCUCCUCAAGCCAACUAUAAAUAAGUUAACAGCUCCAGACAGCCUCGGAGAACCAGAGCUGCCUGAGGUCAACUCUCUUGAGAUGACACGCUGUCCUCACAACACAGUCGAGCAACACCCAUUUGGAAGUAUUUGACACCCUGAAGAAGAAACCCAGCACUGGAAUGCUUUGAAAGCAUGGCAGUAAUGAAGGCAAACCCAACUUCAGCUUUCUUUCCUCCAUCCUCCUAACACAGGAGAGCCAGCUUCUAGUGUAACAAUAACUAAGUCUAUCACUUGACUCUGUGUGUCUCCCACACCUGUGUUAGGACCCACCGCAGAGUAUUUUUCUAUCAAACUACUGCUGCGUCCCGGUCGUGCUUCCUGUUUCCCUGUCAGCUUUUCCACACUGCUGGCCCGACCAGGUCGCCUUCAGAUAACAGCACUUUCCUCCUCCCCGCGCCGCCCAGCUGUUUCCACUGCAUGCAGUUUUCUAAUCAGGAGCUGGUGCUGCCUGCCUCCCAGUGGGCCUGCUUUUGUUGUGCAGAAGUGGGACAGUCCAAGUUCCAUGGAAACACCCAUAUGGAGAGCAAAAUACGAAGAAACACUGUAUAUUUAUGUGUUGAUGUAUCAACAGGGUAAGAGUUUUGAUUGCCUUAAGGCCUAGUCCAGAGGGAUACACACACUGAGACACACAGUGCGGUGAGAGAGACGGAUGAGAUUUCAAACACUGCCCUUCCACUGUUUGUUGAAGACCAUCUGUUUCUUCCUGUCCUGCUGUUUGAGUUUUUGUCUGAACUCUAUCUCCGCUGAUCAUUUCUGGGCCAAACACGCUGAUCACAGCCAGCGGUGCUUCCUUUAGACAGCUGUUUGUCUUCUCUGAAACACAACACAACAGUGUGAUGGGACGAGGGGUAGAAAGUUUAACAUGCCCAAGUCAACACCAGGGUUUCUUACAGUAUAUGAUGGAAUCUUAUAAUUAGUGUUAAGAUGUAAAAUACCCUUUAAUCAUUUUCACAUCAUUUUACUAUGUCACAGCACAGGUAUGUGACAGUCCUUGGUUGAAUAAUAAUGUUUUUAGGCAUCUUACUCCAGUGAUGAAAGACAUAUUCCAGUCAUUAAUUAUCAUAUGAGUAACAACACAUGCUAGAAUAUAUAUUUUUGAUAUUAUAACCCCACAAAUAUAUCCAGUGCAAGAAUAAACAACAACGCAUUCUUUCCACUGAGUUGUUUCGUUUAGGACCAUUAGACUUUGUACAGGCACAGCACGGGGACGCGACUUUGCCUUUUUUGGCCGCUCUUGCUUCCCGUCCCACCCUCAGUCUGCGGCUCAAAGUACGCUCUGCAAAAUCUGGACUAAAAUCUGAACAGCGGGUCGCCUGUUGACACUGACCGUGACUAACAAUCAGCCCCCGGGUCUCUCCUGCUCCCCUCUACAUCCAGCUCUCCUCAUGGCUCAGCUCUAUUACGUGGGGGUGGAUGUUGGCACGGCCAGCGUGCGGGCUGCGCUGGUGACCAGGGAGGGUCUGCUGAGGAGCACGGCCGAGGAGCCCAUCAGCAUCUGGGAGCCCCAGUCUGACCACUAUGUCCAGUCCUCCACUGAGAUCUGGGAGAAAUGUUGCACAGUUGUACAGAAAGUUAUACAAGAUGUGAAGAAAGAUGAGGUUCGAGGGAUUGGCUUUGAUGCCACCUGCUCUUUAGUGGUGUUGGACCAGAACUUCCAGCCUGUUCCAGUCAGUCAGGAUGGUGACAGACAGAGGAACGUGGUGAUGUGGAUGGACCAUCGAGCUGCAGAACAGGCCGCUCGCAUAACCAACGCUGGCCACAAGGUUCUGAGCAGGGUGGGAGGAGUCAUGUCACCAGAGAUGCAGCCUCCUAAGCUGCUCUGGCUCAAAGAGAAUCUAAAAGGGAGCUGCUGGAGCAAAGCCGCGCACUUUUUUGACCUGCCUGACUUUCUUUCUUGGAAAGCAACAGGGUGUUUGACAAGGUCUUUAUGCACUCUGGUGUGUAAGUGGACAUAUUGCCCUCCUGAAGGAUGGGACCCCAGUUUCUGGACUAGCAUUGGGCUGGAGGACCUCCUGGAAAACAACUUUUCCAAAAUAGGCAGCGUCACGUGUCCCCCAGGCACCCCCCUGGGAGACGGGCUCACCCAGGAGGCAGCAGCAGAUCUGGGUUUGAACCCAGGAACUGCUGUGGGGGCUUCACUUAUAGAUGCUCAUGCUGGAGGCUUGGGCGUGAUCGGUGCUGAUGUGAAAGGCUUUCACUUGCCUUGUGAGGACCAGCCCUUUACCGCACGUAUGGCCAUGAUCUGCGGGACGUCAACCUGUCACAUGGCGAUCAGCGAGCAGCCUCUGUUUGUGCCAGGAGUGUGGGGUCCCUGCCUGUCUGCCAUGGUGCCUGACAUGUGGCUCAACGAGGGAGGACAGAGCGCUACGGGGAGACUGAUUGAGCACAUGGUGAAGGGCCACGCCGCCUACGCCCAGCUGCAGGAGCAGGCACGGCGAAGCUGUGCUUUUACAGGCGGGAACGUCUACAGCUACCUGAACAGCCACCUGAGGACCUUGGCCGACUCCUGCCCUGCCGUCGACCUGCUGGCGUCCGGCCUUCACGUGUGGCCGGACUUCCAUGGGAACAGAUCGCCCCUGGCUGAUCCCACGUUAAAGGGCAUGGUGAUCGGACUGUCACUCUCUCAAACUUUGGAUGACCUGGCGCUGCUCUACUUAGCGACAAUACAAGGCCUCGCUCUGGGUACGCUGCAUGUUCUGGAGGCCAUGAGGGAAGCAGGACAUGACAUCAGAACCCUCUUCCUGUGUGGAGGCUUGAGCAAAAACCCCCUUUUUGUACAGAUCCAUGCGAACGCAACAGGAUUGCCUGUAGUGUUGCCAGACCAGAUGGAGGCUGUGAUACUAGGAGCAGCAGUCCUGGGCGCAUGUGCAUCACAAGACUACAGCUCGAUACAGGAAGCCAUGGGGAAAAUGGCUAAAGUGGGGAAAGUCGUUCAGCCCGAUCAUGAACUCCAGAGCUUCUAUGAGAGAAAGUACAAAGUGUUCCUGCGACUUUUCGCCCACCAGAGGGAGUACCAGGCCAUCAUGAGCCCCAGAUGACGCUCACCACACCGGAAACAAGAAUGUUUUAAACUGGCUGAUAUUGUUUAAAUCCACGAUGUACCAGUAGAUAAAAAUAGCUUUCUGGGA